ACCAGGUACAGCCUACACCCAGGAGCCAUGCACAGGGAGUGUUAUGCUCAGUACUUGCAAUCAUGCAGAUGCAUUUGCUGAGCGUGUCAAUGCACCAUACAGCACAGCUAUAGACUGGGAACAAGAAGAUGCACAGAUGAUCUGAAAAAAAGUCAAAGGAAGAAACAGGGUGCUUGGACUGUUACUCCAUGAGCAUGUCUGAGUAAAGGGACUGCUGACAAAGGCUGCAGCUGCACAGUCUCCCUGUGUUCAGUGCUGAAUGCUGACCUAACCAGAACUGGAUGGGGUAGGACUCUGCUCUCCAAGGUGCUGAAAGGAGCCAAGCCUUCAAACUGCAAGGGAAACUAUACUAAGCUGAUUAUGCAACAGCAACCAGAGCAGCUCAAGGCUCCAGAAUGCUUUCCACGAUCUGGGAACACAAAGCAAACGCCUUAUAUUAUAGCUCUGUAAUAUUCCUGACUGCAGCAGAGUCUUCAAUGAAGAUCACCAAAGGCACCAGAACAUACAAUAUAAGGAAGUUUCCUGUUAUUCUUUUUAUUACAAGAUAUAACAGGACAUGAAAACUGAUAUAGAGGAGAUACAGAUAAGUCCUGUUGUCUGUGAUCCAAGGAUGUUACAUUCAUCUGGCAUGUUUUUCAUAUCUUAAAAUGUCACAUUGUAAAAAGAACAGGACGUCGCGGAUUAUAUUUUACAAAGAUUUGCCUUAGCCAUAUGGAAAUGCUUUAAUUACUAAGCUGUGGAUAAAUAGUGCUUAUCAGUUUAUGUGAACUUUGCACAGCAAGGGAAAUGUGUUAUUUCCAUGGAUAGAAUCAUCAAGGGAAGCUGGAUUCAUAACCAUGGAUAAAACAGUCAAGCAAUUUCCUUAAUAACACCAUUGGGGGAGAAAAACAUACAUCUAUGUGCUUAUGCACCAAGUCAAGGUUUAAAAAAUGUCAUCCCAAUUACAUUCUUUUUGAUGGAACAAAGGAAUUAUAACCAGCAUUGAUUUAUCACUCAGAAUGUCCAGCUCCUUCAAUGAGAUCUGGUCCAGAAUAUAUGUACCCAUUAUUAAACUUGCAUCUGUAAUAUAAAGAAUGAAAGAUAUGCAUCACUUGUACCUUCCAUAUAGGCUUCAAAGACCAGCUACCCCAACUUAGAUGUUCCUUUGUGUCUGCUGAAAUGGAAGCUAGGGAGGAAUGAACUGCAAUGCUCUUCUGGAAGUCCUCUUAUGAAGUGUGAUCCAAUGCCUUUCUAUCCAAUGAGGUGUUGGUUGCUGUCAACCUGCUCAGUGGUGCUGAAAUUUGGAUGAUGUCUAGCAGGAGAACUAAAGGCUGCUGCUGCUUGUUACCAUUUAAUGAAGACAAUGGUCGUUUUCUGCUAUUAGCCAUCUUCAUUGUAGUUUACCUCAUUGCUGGAGCUACUGUUUUUUCAACCAUAGAGAGGCCCUCUGAAACACUGGCUCAUAACCGUUGGAAUAAGAUACUAAGGAACUUUAGUGAUUCAUUCAAUAUCAGCAUCCAAGAACUUCGAUCCUUCCUAAAAGAUUAUGAAGCAGCAAUGGCUGCAGGGAUUAGGGUUGAUGCCCUCAGACCAAGGUGGGACUUCACUGGAGCUUUCUACUUUGUAGGGACAGUUGUGUCAACUAUAGGUUUUGGGAUGACCACUCCAGCCACUGUCACCGGGAAAGUAUUUCUCAUCUUUUAUGGCCUCUUUGGAUGUGCUGGAACCAUACUGUUUUUCAACCUUUUCUUGGAAAGGAUAAUAUCACUUCUGGCUUUUGUAAUGAAAUCUUGCCAUGAAAGGCAACUGAGGAGAAACGGACUUCUGCCACCCACCGUUCGAAGAGGAUCAUCCGUGUCAGAGGUGGACAGUCUUGUUGGAUGGAAGCCCUCGGUGUAUCACGUUAUGCUGAUCCUGGGCAUAUUUGCCAUAACCCUUUCUUGUUGUGCAUCAGCCAUGUACACACCUGUAGAAGGAUGGAACUACAUUGAUUCCUUAUAUUAUUGCUUUGUCACUUUUAGCACCAUUGGCUUUGGAGAUUUGGUAAGCAGCCAAAAUGCAGAGUACCAAUAUCAGGGAUUAUACAGGUUUGGAAAUUUCAUGUUUAUAUUUUUGGGAGUAUGUUGCAUUUACUCUCUUUUUAACGUCAUAUCGAUUGUAAUCAAGCAAGUUUUAAACUGGCUUUUAAAAAAAUGUAGGUACAGAUGCUGCUAUAAGUGCCAUAAAUCAAAUGCCCGUCUUGGGCGCCGCAAUGCUAUUACUCCAGGAGCUCGGUUCCGCAGGAAUCCCCUGUCUGUUGACACAGAAAAUUUUGACAGCGACACAGAGGGCAGGAGACUUUCUGGUGAGAUGAUCUCCAUGAGAGACCUUACAGCAUCAAAUAAAGUAUCUCUUGCCAUUCUGCAGAAACAGUUAUCUGAAACAGCCAAUGGCUACCCCAGAACUGUGUGCAUGACUACCAGGCAAAAUGGAUUCUCAGGAGGGGUCGGAGCACUAGCCAUCAUGAACAAUAGGUUGGCAGAAACAAGUGAUUCUAGGUAUUCAAGCAGCAAGAACCAGUGCUUUGGACUUCCAACCACACGAAACUGAAUGCAUUUUUUUUUUACUUUUUUGACUUUUUAUUUAUACUAAUGAUGUCAUUAAAUCAAACAAAAAAGUUGACAAAUAUUCGCAUUGAUGCGGUC